AUGCCUAUCUUCCAAGCCGAUUUAGACAAUCACAAACCUGAGCCUAAGCCCGAACAUAUCGAGCCAUCCCCAAUCAACCUACCUUCCUCUGGACUGAGGCGCCUUUCAGAAGAAAGCAUCCGUACUGAACUAUGCGAAGGGCUCGUCCCAGACAGUCCUCCACGAUCCAAAACUCCCCACGAAGUCGAGGGUGCUGAGAACGCGAUAUCAGAUCGAGCUUCACUAAUCGAAAGACUCAAGAGAGCACAAUCUCCUCCCAUAUGUAUCCCAAAUCGACAUCUUGAGUCUGCCGUCCAGCACCAAACUUCUGAUAUCGAGACAAAGCACCCCCAGACACCCACCGAGCCUUCAACGUUGCUUGCGCCAGCCCAAAUAACGCCUGACAAGACCGAUUCUUACUCCGAUUUCGACAGCAGAUUGCGCGAUGGCCUCAGUAUUGAAAGACCGAGAUCGGCACUGCACAGCGGUAACUUCUCUGAGGAGGAAGCAGUAACCAAGGACCAUACUACACCAGUCGCUAAAGCGCACAAUGGUCGAUAUCCUGCACCAGAGACUCCAUGGAUCGCAACUUCCCCCCCUCGACAUUUCACGCCAUUUCAGCAUGACAAAGGAGUUCCCUUUCCAGCAAGUGCCGAGAGUUUCCGAUCAACCAACUCGCCUCUAUCUUCAUCUUUGUCCUCCAGCUUCAUAUACAAGCCGCCUACCAGCCCUCUGGUACAAGCCCAGAGCUCUGAAGAACACGAUAUGUCUCUGCCAAGAGAUCCAUUUAGUUUCGCUGGAUACGUUGGAGCGGGUCACUACACGCCAAGGUCUACAGCUUCAUCACCAUGGAUGUCUCCUUCGCCGAAAUACUCGCUACCUCAACGUGUGUCUUCGUAUCGACGGGAAGCAUUUCUGUAUCAAGCACACCAACCUCGAAGAUCAUUGACUUCAACUCCAAGUUUCAUGCAACCUGGCGCAUCGCCACCAACACCAGCACUUUUUCGACCGCGCAGGUCAUCCGUAGCAGCAGAGGCAUCGCCACUGCAGCAUGCAUCCAUGGUUGGCUCUUAUGAAGAGAGUAUUCUCCGAGGCCGCAUGUCUACGACUCCUUCUAAACCGCUGGAUUUUGUCGCACAAAUCGGUGUUCUGGGUAAGGGCAAAUGCAAGUCCAGUUUGAAGUGCCCACCUCACGUCAGUCUCUCGUUUCCCGCUGUAUACUACAGCUACAGCAGCACGUCACAUGGGCGUUCCAAUUCGGAUGAUGGCCCGAGCCCGUAUGUCGGUCAAAUCGACCUUGAGAAUGGGCUUUCCAACCCAGAUGAUGAUCAUCGGGCAAAGAAGAAGGCACAGAGCCGUUAUGCUGAAAGACGGCCCGCCGAAGACAUAAUGGAUACUGGCCUCGAGAAUCAAGCUUCUGAGAAUCUUUCACGCCGAAACUCUCGAGCCAGUCGCCGGUCCGGAUCGGGAUCUGCAAAAGCCCCUCCCGGUGGAAGCUAUCGGAUUCCAGAGAAGGGACAAAUUCAGAUCAUCAUCAAAAAUCCGAACAAGACUGCUGUCAAGCUAUUCCUGGUCCCCUAUGAUCUGACAGGCAUGGAGCCAGGAACAAAGACGUUCGUGCGUCAGCGCAGCUACUCAGCCGGACCCAUCAUCGACCACGCCCCUACCACAGCCGAGGCAAACACUGAUGACCGUCCUAUUCUAAGAUAUUUGGCUCACCUGCACAUUUGCUGUCCUGCCAAAGGUCGAUAUUACCUUUACAAGAGCAUCCGAAUUGUCUUUGCAAACCGCGUCCCUGAUGGCAAGGAGAAACUCAGAAACGAGACAACGUGGCCGGAACCUCGAUAUACCCCUUAUAAACCUAUUCGCGUGAUGCAUCCGCCAUUGCCUACGCAGUCUGGCCCUGCUGCUAUGCUAGCCGCGGACAAGGCUUCACGCAGACGAAGCGUGGGCUUCUUUCCAGGUUCAUCGCACAAUUUCGAUGCCAUGGAUAACAUGUUCUGCACCAACGAUUCUCCUUCUGGAGGUUCUGCUGGAGGCAACACUCUGCCUGUGGAUCCUAUCCCCUUCUAUCUUCCUGGCCAUGCUCGUUCGAGCAGCGAUGUCAGCAACAGCACAAACACUACUGUUGCCAUUGGCAACGAUUCUCGUUUUCCCGGCGAGUCUCAAAGUAGCCGUCCUUCGACCAAGGAUUCAAGCAAUGAUCAGUCAGCGGGACCCGCUCUCUAUGAGAAACUCAACAAAGGUGAGCCGGGAUAUGGCGGCAAUGCCUUUGCUCUCAAUAGACGGGGCUCAAUUAGUGGUGCAGAGGGCUUGCUCUCUCAGCGCCUGCGUUCACUAGGGGUCAAGCAGCCUUCACCCCCGGAAACACCUCGUCAGGGUGAUAUGUCUCCCUAG